AUGACAAACACUCUUUCUCACCCUACAAUUAAAAACGGCUGGUUUUCCGAGGUCUCAAAUACUAUGUGGCCAGGACAGGCCAUGAAUUUGAAAGUUGAUCAAAUUCUUCAUGUCGAAAAGUCCAAAUAUCAAGAUGUUCUUGUGUUCAAGUCUACAGACUAUGGAAAUGUUCUUGUUUUAGAUGGUGUAAUUCAGGUGACCGAGAGGGACGAGUUUGCCUAUCAGGAAAUGAUCACUCAUUUAGCUAUGAACUCUCAUCCAAAUCCAAAAAAGGUUUUGGUUAUUGGUGGCGGUGAUGGAGGAGUUUUGAGGGAAAUUCUUAAGCAUGAGACGGUUGAAGAGGCACAUCUUUGCGAUAUUGACGAUGCUGUGAUUAAAGCCUCGAAAAAAUAUCUCCCUGGAUUAUCUAAAUCAUACGAUGACCCCAAGGUUCAUGUCCAUAUUGGUGAUGGAUUUGAAUUCUUGAAAAAAUACCGGAAUACCUUUGAUGUUAUCAUUACUGAUUCUUCGGAUCCAGAAGGACCAGCCGAAUCCCUUUUCCAGGAACCAUACUUCAAACUUUUGAGUGGCGCCUUGACAGAAAAGGGUGUUAUGACAACACAGGGCGAAUGCAUAUGGUUGCACAUGCCACUCAUCAAGAAGGUUGUUGAUGAUUGCAGGAAAGUUUUCCCAACGGUUGAUUACGCUUACUGCACAAUUCCGACAUACCCAUCUGGCCAAAUUGGAUUUAUGGUUUGCUCCAAAAAUCCAAGUGCAAACUUGAAGAGACCAUUGAGAUCCGUUGAUCCAGAAAAGGAGACAAAGUUGUACAAAUACUACAACCAGGAAAUCCACGAGGCGUCUUUCGUUCUUCCAACAUUUGCAAGAAAUGCAUUAGAAUAA